AUGGUGCCGUUAGGAAACACCCAAGCCAAACAGUCAAAAGGUAUACUGUUUCAGGAGCGAAGAAGGAGCGAACCGUUACAGCUUCCCAACAAAUUCCUUGUUGUUGAUUGCUCUGGUUUUGUUUACAUUGAUAUGAUGGGUGUAAAUUGCCUGAAAGAGGUCUAUAUAGAUUUGCAGAAGAAAUCGAUUCGAGUGUUAUUUGCUGCAGCGAAAGCACCUUUGCGAGAGCUCUUCAAUGUGAGCGGCUUCUAUGAAACUGUGAGCAAGACCAACUUUUACCCUACUAUACAUGACGCCAUGUUAUUUGCGCUUUAUAGACGGUGA